ACCUCUUCCUCUUCCCCCUCAGGGAAAGCUAGCCCACCGCUCUAGUUACCCAACCCAACCCCCUUCUCCGACCUUCGUUAAUGGAACCCACCGGCUGCACCAAUGGCCACGUUUCAGUGGAUGGGCUUUGCCUGAAGGAUCCAUUGUACUGGGGGGCAGCAGCGGAGGGGCUCAAAGGUAGCCAUGUAGACGAGGUGAAGAGAAUGGUGGAGGAGUACCGACGGGCCGUGGUCCGGCUCGGUGGAGAGAGCCUGACAAUUGGGCAGGUGGCGGCAGUUGCCUUGCACGACGGCGGAGUGCGAGUGGAACUGAACGAAUCGGCGAGAGAAGGAGUUAAGGCUAGCAGUGAUUGGGUGAUGGACAGUAUGAAGAAAGGAACUGAUAGCUACGGCGUCACUACUGGGUUCGGUGCUACCUCUCACCGUAGGACCAACCAAGGCGCUGCCUUGCAGAAGGAACUUAUUAGGUUUUUGAAUGCCGGAAUAUUCGGGAAUGGAACGGAGACGAGCCACACGCUGCCGCACACGGCCACAAGAGCCGCCAUGUUGGUCAGAAUCAACACCCUUCUCCAAGGCUAUUCCGGCAUCAGAUUUGAGAUUUUGGAGUCUAUAACGAAGCUUCUCAACCACAACGUGACACCUUGUCUUCCUCUGCGAGGCACCAUCACGGCGUCCGGUGAUUUGGUACCCUUUUCCUACAUCGCUGGUCUCUUGACUGGCCGACCCAAUGCCAAGGCUGUCGGCCCAGCCGGUCAGGUGGUUGACGCUGGAGCAGCCUUUAAACUCGCCGGCAUCGGCGGUGGAUUCUUCGAGUUGCAGCCUAAGGAGGGUCUUGCACUUGUGAAUGGCACGGGCGUUGGGUCUGGUUUAGCGGCUAUUGUUCUGUUCGAAGCCAAUUUAUUGGCUCUUUUGUCUGAAGUGAUAUCAGCCAUUUUUGCUGAAGUAAUGCAGGGGAAGCCAGAGUUCACCGACCAUUUAACUCAUAAAUUGAAGCACCAUCCAGGCCAAAUCGAGGCAGCUGCCAUUAUGGAGCACAUUUUGGAAGGGAGUGCUUUCGUUAAAGACGCUAAGAAAUUACACGAACUAGACCCACUUCAAAAGCCAAAACAAGACCGUUAUGCUCUACGAACAUCACCUCAAUGGUUAGGCCCUCAAAUCGAAGUGAUUCGACAUUCGACGAAAUCGAUCGAGAGAGAGAUCAACUCGGUGAACGACAAUCCAUUGAUCGAUGUUUCGAGGAACAAAGCUAUACAUGGAGGCAAUUUUCAAGGAACUCCAAUUGGAGUAUCCAUGGACAAUACUAGAUUAGCUCUUGCCUCAAUUGGGAAGCUUUUGUUUGCUCAAUUCUCGGAGCUUGUGAAUGAUUUCUACAACAAUGGGUUACCUUCAAAUCUCUCAGGAGGAAGUAAUCCAAGCUUGGAUUAUGGAUUCAAAGGAGCUGAAAUCGCCAUGGCUUCCUACUGCUCGGAGCUACAAUUCUUGGCGAAUCCUGUCACCAAUCAUGUUCAAAGCGCAGAGCAACACAAUCAAGAUGUAAACUCAUUAGGACUAAUCUCUUCGAGAAAAACAGCUGAGGCCAUAGAUAUCUUGAAGCUAAUGAGCACGACAUUCCUAGUGGCACUCUGCCAAGCCAUAGAUUUGAGACACAUAGAGGAGAAUCUGAAGAACACAGUGAAGAACACAGUGAGUCAAGUGGCUAAGAAGGUAUUAACCAUUGGUGUAAACGGAGAGCUUCUUCCUUCACGAUUCUGCGAGAAGGAUUUGCUCAAAGUCAUCGACAGAGAACAUGUUUAUGCUUACAUUGACGACCCCUGCAGCAUGACAUAUCCAUUAAUGCAGAAGCUAAGGCAAGUUUUUGUAGAACAUGCAUUGAACAACGAUGAUGAUCUGAAGAACACAAACGCUUCAAUCUUCUUAAAGAUUGGAGCUUUCGAGGAGGAACUGAAAACCCAUUUGCCUAAAGAAGUAGAAAGUGGAAGAUUAGCCAUUGCUAAAGGGAAAGCGACGAUUCCUAACAAGAUCAAGGAUUGUAGAUCAUACCCACUUUAUAGAUUUGUCAGAGAAGAACUGGGAACGGCGCUGUUGACAGGGGAAAAGGUUAGGUCACCAGGGGAAGAAUUUGACAAGGUUUUUACUGCAAUUUGUGAGGGGAAGAUCAUUGAUCCUCUGCUUGAAUGCCUUGAGCGUUGGGAUGGGACUCCUCUUCCUGUAAAUUAAGAACUGUUUUGUGUGUAUUAUUAUCAUCUUCAUCGUGCAUUGUUCUUAUCAAUUGACUGCCUUCAACUUUUGUU